UUGAAACCUCUUCUGAGCUCUAAGCCUGGACAGCUGAGAAUACAGGCAGUGUUUUCCUUACCUUUUUGGCAGGGUAUCGCUUUCAGCUGACUCUGGCGGAGCCACUAUGACCGAAACAACAGGUUACUCGAGGUACUGCCUGGUGCCCCAACCCAUAUCCUCAUCGUCUCCCUGCAGGACUGGGCUUGUCCUUGUUAGAAACCCACACCUGGACUUGAUGGAGGAGGACGUCCUGUACCACCUGGACUUGGGAACGAAGACACACAACCUGCCAGCAAUGUUUGGGGACAUAAAGUUUGUCUGUGUUGGCGGCAGCCCCAACAGGAUGAGGGCGUUUGCCCAGUUCAUGCGGCGGGAGCUGGGGCUGGCGGGUGCCGGGGAGGACGUGGCUGACAUCUGCGCGGGGUCGGACCGCUACGCCAUGUACCGGGCAGGGCCCGUGCUCUCCAUCAGCCAUGGAAUGGGCAUCCCUUCUAUUUCCAUUAUGCUUCAUGAGCUGAUCAAACUGCUGCACCAUGCAAAAUGCCGGGACGUCACUAUUAUACGUAUUGGUACUUCUGGGGGCUUAGGGAUUGAGGCUGGGUCUGUUGUGAUCACCGACACGGCUGUGGACUCCUCCUUUCGGCCACGUUUUGAGCAGGUGGUGCUGGAUGAUGUGGUGGUGCGGAGCACUGAGCUGGACAAGGACCUUGCGGAGGAACUACUCACCUGCAGCAGGGACAUUCCUGACUUCCCCACGCUCAUUGGCCAUACCAUGUGCACCUACGACUUCUACGAAGGUCAGGGGAGAUUAGAUGGUGCAUUAUGCUCUUUUUCCAGUGAAAAAAAGUUGGAGUACUUAAGGAGGGCUUAUGAGGCCGGCGUGAGGAAUAUUGAGAUGGAGUCCACUGCAUUCGCUGCCCUGUGUGGACUGUGUGGCCUCAAAGCCGCCGUCGUGUGCGUGGCGCUCUUGGACCGGCUGCAGGGGGACCAGAUCCGGGCGUCCCACGAGGUGCUGUGGGAGUACCAGCAGCGGCCGCAGCGCCUGAUCGCCGCCUUCAUCCGCAAGCGGCUGGGGCUCGUCCGCACGGACUGACGGUGACCGCAGCACCGCUGGGCCCCGCGCCGGG